AACGAAAAUUAACCUGCCAAGUGCCAACCCUCCUCUUUUUUCCUUUUUCUUUUUUUCUUUUUAAUUGAUUUUUAAUAGUGUGUAUAUAUAUAAGCAAGAUCAUGAGCUGGGGAGACAACUGACACAGAAAUCCACACACUAAACAAAUAUGGCUGCCUUCAAUCCAAAAUUCUAUCAUCAAUACAGGCUUCGAUCUGUUAGUUUACCAACAACAUUACAUCCUAGUACUGUAAAGAUCGAACAAAUUGUAAACAAGCUCAAGACUUUUGAGACAUCUUCUUCCUUCUCUUCUUCAUUCUCCAGGGCUGAUCAUUUAUCCAAUUCUCUGGUAGGCCUUAAAGAAUUGUACCAAGCCAUUGAAGAAUUGCUUGCCCUGCAGAUUACAAAACAGGCUCUUUCACAGCAUCAAGAUAAUCCAAGGGUCAAGGCUUUGGUGGAGGAAUCUGUGACAUUCAUCGAUGUCUGCAACAACUCAAGGGAUACAGUGAUGCAGAUGAUCCAAGGGGUUCGUGGGCUCCGAUCGUCUUUCCGGCGAAACAAGCUCGGAGAAUUGAGCAUCGAAAGUGACAUUUCUGAAUUUAAUUUCUCAAGGAAAGGUUUGCGCAAGGAGAUCUCAAGAUCCCUGGCAAAAUUGAAGAGCACGGACAACAACAGGGGAAUUCAUCUGCAUCUGUUCAAUAGAUCAGAAGAUCAUCAAAUUUUGACCGCGGUGAAGGCCUUGACCGAAGCAAGCCUCUUAACAAUCUCAACUUUAUCAUCCCUUCUGUUGUUUCUUUCGGUUCCGGUCAUGAAAUCAAAGCAAAGUAAAUGGUCGCUGGUUUCAAAGCUGAUGCAAAAAGGAGCAUUUGCAGGGGAUCAGGGGCAGAGGAAUAAGCUGAAUGAACUGGAGAAUGUAGACAUUGCUCUUGGAGAUUUGUUAAUACAUUCUUCCUGCAAAGAAAAUGAUGCAGGGAAAGAUAAAAUUGAAUCUGCGCAGAGAAAGUUGGAAGCUUUGGAAACGGUUCUUGAGAAUCUUGAGAAUAUAUUGGAGAGUUUGUUCAGGCAUUUGAUCCGGGCCAGAGUUUCUCUUCUGAAUAUAUUCUCCCAUUAAAAAGAAAAAAAUAAAAAAAUAACUCACUACUGUUUAUUGUUCCAUAUGGCAAAUCGGGGUUUUUACAGAAGCCAUCAAUUAAAUGUAUAGAAUCCAGCGCAGAUUGUGUAUAGAGAUACAGAUAUUCAAGCAAGAUACAGAGAUUGAAUUCUGAAGGGAAACCUCAGGUUGAGGUGUAAUAUAGAUGUUAAAUAAACCCUUCAAUUAAUGAAUUUUCCUCCUUCGC